CCUAAUGUGUUUGAAGCAACAUGCCCGAACUUGUUGUGCCAGGGAUAUAUAUGUAUGUACCUAAAUCUCAGCUCGGCGUCCUCAACUCAACAAGGUCAUAAUAAUCGAGCAAGCAUAUUAAAUAAUUAAGCAUGUAUAUGGAUCAAAUGGCAACAUGCGUCUGUUUGUACAAACUCAUCAAAUGUCGUCCAAGUCUGGAAAGGGAUUCGAUGAGCUCCGUCAUCCGUCCACGCACGCGACCCGCUCUGAGGCCGCUCGUUAUGGCAUUGCUUGUCACCACAUGCAUUGUUAAAUGCCAUCCUAGCCCGACAGACUUGCACGAACGGCCCGGUAAUCAGCCUUGCAAUAAGCCGUAGUGCGUUUGAGCCCUUGAACGAAUCGGCAGCUGCUUCUUGG